UAAUAACUGCCAAUCUUUAGAGUAAUUAAUCUUAAUGACCUUUGCAUUCACUUCAACUUGUCAUCCGAUAUAGUGAAUUCUUCUAAACUUGACGUGAUCCACCAUAUGGCAGCGAUGGGACGUUUGAUUCACAAAAUCAUUGCUAAACUUUGGCACGGAGAGCGUCGGCAUUCCCAGUCGGACGCCGAUGAGUAUUAUAUGAGGCAGUGUAUGAGUGAUGACGAUCUGAAUAAAAUGUAUAGGGAAUACGGGGACGACGACAUCAAUCAUCCUACACCAGCCACUUGGAGCUAUCACCAUUUUAAUCAAUAUUCCUACGAUGCUGAGUUUCAUCCGUUCGAUGCGGACGAUAUGGAAAGAGAUAUCUUAAAUGAUUACCACAACCGCAGAUCACCAAGGCGAUAUGAAGAUGACGAGUCAGAAACGAGCAGUGAUGAACCCGAUGAGAGUUCGGCAAAUGCUGUGUACAGCGGGAACACACCUUCGGAUGAUAGCAGUAGUCCCGGUGAUAUUCCCCAUGCUAAAGGAAUUAAACGUUCCACCAGCGAUCCCAAUUUGAUUGUUCCUCAUGUUAACAUACCACGGCCAAUACUGAAAGCGACCCCUGCCAAGGACGAUAUUAAACGGUUCCUUCUGAAGGACAAACUGCUGGCGUCAAGGAAGCGUGAACGCUCUGGAGGAAAAAAGAACAGGGUAGAAUCAAAAGAACGCGAUAUAGGAACAAAAGAUAAAAACACUGGAAAGAAAGAGAAAAAAGAUAAGUCCAAAAAGUCUCGAGAUUUAUGGCAGCAUAAGCCCAGUAAAGAUGAAAGGCAGCAAUCACGUUCUAGGAAACACCGCGAAAAAACAAAAACACGAGAUAACAAAACAGGAAUUACCCACCCUGGGGAGAUCCCAUCUAUCAACUUUCGUAGUGACAAGUUCGAUGACAUAUGUAAAUGGCUGAGAAAUACACAAGAGGCCUUGGCCCAAACGGUGGCGGACCAAGCAAGGUCGGAUAACAGCGCGAGCACUAGCUCCACCAGUGGCUCCGGUACCACUUCAGCAUCAGGAAAGUCCAGUGAUAGUUGCUUUGUAGAUGGACCAGCAGAGAAACGAAAGCCCAAAGCUAAAGCUAGUAGACCGAGCAGGCUUGAGUCUAUAGAUAGCUGUUUCGAGGAAAUCGUUUUGUCACCUGAAGAUAAAAAGAUCUCAAUCGCCCGGUGUUGCACUGCUGUAAAGAGGGAUGAUAUACGCACAGUUAUGUUUCAAAUUCUGGGAGGAUGUAAUAUAAAUGGGACAUCUAAGAACGGAGAAAGGCCGUUGCUGCUGGCAGCGAGAUAUGGGAGGGAUGAAAUUGCCCGGAUUCUUUUGGACCAUGACUGUGAUCAGAAUGCCCGGGAUGCUGAUGGUAAUAACGCCCUUCACGAAGCAGUGGAGAAAGCUGACACCACAAUGGUGCAAUUGCUUUUAGAAGGUAACAUUAGUGUUAACAUGCCCAAUAUCAGAGGUGAGACGCCACUCUGUAUAGCUACGAAAUAUGACUAUGAGCUAAUCACUCGGAUGAUCAUUGAAGCAGGUGCCCAUAUCGACAGCAACGAUAACCACGUACAAGAUCCUUUCAUGGUCGCAGUGCAAAACGGAAGUGAUGACGUGGCACGUUUACUGAUGACGUUACAUUGCAACGUGAACAAGACGUCGUCUGAUGGCAAAACGGCACUAUAUCACAUACUACAUGGGCCAACCAGAGCUAAACCUGAACUGAUUCAAAUGAUGCUUCAUGAAGGGUAUGAUGCUACGAAAGACAAAGAGUUACUAUCACACAAAGACUCAAAACUAUUCGAGACAAUAGGUGGUACACUGCAUCGAAAACUUUUGAAAUCUUGCAGAUGAACACUCAAGAAAGUAGUAGCCAAAUAGACAGGUUGUACUGUCCCGACUAGCUUCACCAAGGGACAAGUUGUUUGUUACCGUCUGUGAUUGGUCGAACCGGCAAGAAGAAUUCCAGAAGUAUGGGUAACCUAGUAGAAUAACAGCAUGACCCUUCUUGGAACUCUCUAAAAAAGUCUAUAUUGUGCUUAAUGAUUAGUGACUUUAAAAUGAUUCCAAUGUUAUGAACUAUUAUAAUCAACGUGUUGCACAGAGAGUCAGUAAGCACCACUUCCUCAUCCUUCCCAAGCAAAUUCGAUUAUGAAUGAAAGCAGAAAGAUGAAAAACAAUUGGAAAAUCGAAAACAAUUGCUGGCGUUCUUUGAUAGAAAAUGGUUAAUUUAGCCUCU